AUGCUCUUCACUGACAACAACAAGCUUCGAAACAAUAGCUACAGCUAUCCAAGUGCUUCCGGAGACGGCCUACUCUCACUUGUGAAGUGCCCUUUCGUCCUCCCUGCUUUAGAAAUGACAGUCUCAUCUUCUUCCGUUUUUUGGACACCACCACUUUCUUUUGAGAAUCCCUUCGAUGAUCUAAGCAUGAAGCCUAUGCCACUCAGAUCACAAGUCCAAGUGACAAACGUGCAAGAUGUUCCUGGCGAAGAAAGCACAGCUCGCUUUCGCCCACAUCAAGAGAAACAAUGGCAAGCUCAGUUCCGAAAGCUGGUCCAGUUCAAGCUUGUGAAUGGACACUGCUGUGUUCCUCAUUCCUACUCAUCGGAUCCUAUCCUUGCUCGAUGGGUCAAGAGACAGCGAUAUCAAUACAAGAAGUUUCACGACUGCGACCCCACCUCCACCAUGACGACCCGCCGCAUUCAGGAGCUUGAAUCCAUCGGUUCCAACUGUUGA